UGAGCUACCUCCAACACACAUAGAAAACAUAAGCUUCCAAGUUCUAAACUUGUUCAUUUCCUCAAAUUCCUCACUCAGAGAAAGACACAAGGCAACGAGCAUGGACAGCAGCAACACCAAUCCUUCUAAUCUGAGUUCAGAAGGAAAUGAGCAAGAAUUCCGUUCCUACACUGCAUGGCUUGCAGCCCUUGCCUUUUUGCUUGGUUUUCUGCUUACACUCCUCGGAUGGAAGUAUCAAAACCCAGGGGUCUCUGUAUUUGACACACAUCGUGCAAUCAUAUUGCUCUUGAUAUUAAAUGUAUGUGCUUGCACCAUAUCAUUGGCAAUGAUAAUAGUACUACCAACUUCCAACAAAACUCAUCUCUCUUUCUUCAAGAAUGUGUUUCUCUUCUCUGGGGUUUUUGCAUGUGACUUGGUUUUGUUGGUUCUCAUUCCUCCGCUCGGAUGGUUCAUCUUCAUUAUAUCUGCAUCUGUUCUUGUAUGGUUGCUUUUUGCCUCACACAAACUGAUUCUUCGAUGCUGUCGACAAACUCUUGAAACAAUGCGGCACUCCACUUCCAAGGCAUUCCAGAGUUUAUGUGAUUGGUUCCCACAGAGUUCUCAAUCAGUUUGGAGAGCACAUUCCCAAGCAUCUACUGGACCUUCGAUGCCAACUCCCAAAAUGAAGGAGAACGAGAAACAUGUGUUUGGUUCGACAAAUGAUGUCUAAUUGGAGAUUCGCCUUAAUUUCAUCUUUUUUGCUUUGGUAAUUGUAGAAUAUUUUAAGAGUAUAAUAACUUGGUAAUCCUCCUCUCAUAUAACAUGGUUCUUACUUAUUAAAUUUAUGAUAUAAUGGGAUCCAUCGUUCAUGUGAAAAGAAUACCACAACGUCAUUAUCUAAGAGUGUUGAAUAGUUUUUCCUUAUUUAAUAUAUUUGGUGUACUACGAGUCUCUAUAUGUUUUGUAUAUUUCGUGUACUAUGAGUU